CAACAAAAGGGGGCUGGGAAGGGAACCCAGCUAAGCGCUGGAGGCAAGAGAGGAGCUGGAUAAUUUUUGUUUAUUUUCUAAUCGAGUUUCCACCGCCCACCUACCUAGACGGACGCUCAUCUCGUGCUCCCGUUGCAUCCAGGGAUAAUAACUGGAAGGUCGUUUUCGCUUCACGCUAAUUGAAAAAGUUUACUACCUGGACAGCGGCGGCGGCUGUUUUGGUGUCCGCCGGGCCGAAGAUGCCAAGAAGCGUGUGAGGAUGGCCAAGAUGCGCUACUCUGAAAUGCCCACCGACUACUCGUGCGACAAUUUGGCUGCCAUGAGAAUCAAUGAGGAUCAGCUGGAGUCGUGCUGGUCACACAAGAGCAGCCUCCACAAAAUUAUCCCCAUCAGGCGUGAGUCGUCAGUCAAUGAGCUGAAACAUUUGUCAAUUUACAAGAGCCCCUUUUGCGGCUCGCCGGAAACUUUAGUCAACACCACCACCGUCAAUUACCACACAAGCUCGCUACCGAGAUGCCCACCAAUCCACAAAUCGCACAGCCUGCCUCGUGGCUGCGAAGAACACUGCCACGAAGCCAUCCAGUUCAACAUUCUGCAAGUGCCGCCUGAAGAUUUCGCCAGCCAACUCACUAGACUGGAUAUCGCCACAUUCAGAUCGAUUGCGCCAGACGAGCUGAGUAGUUGUGCGUGGAACAAGAAAAAUAAACUCACAGUGGCGCCAAAUGUGGUCGCUUUCACCAGAAGAUUCAAUCUUGUUAGUUUUUGGACAGUCGAGGAAGUGCUGUCAGGCGAUAGUCCAAAGAAGCGCGCAGAGGUACUGGGUCACUUCAUAAGAAUUGCCAAAAAGCUCCAUGAGCUGAACAAUUUGCACUCUCUAUUUGCUAUUGUAUCUGCACUUCAAAGCGCCUCUGUAUUCAGAUUAAACAAAACAUGGGGCUACAUUUCAAAAAAGGAGAGGCAGACGUUUGACAAACUGGCUGAGGUCUUCUCAAACAAAAACAACUGGGGCAACCUGCGAGAGCACAUGGAGAGCCUCAAACUGCCUUGCAUUCCCUAUCUAGGCCUCUUCCUCACCGACCUGGUCUACAUUGACAUCGCCCACCCGCACUCUGGAGGACUCGAGUCGGAACAGCGCCAGCUGAAAAUGAACAACAUCCUCAGGGUGAUCUCCAAUUACCAGCAGAGCGACUACACCCACCUUCACGCCUUACCACACAUUCAGGAGUACUUAGGGUCCAAACAGUACAUUGAGGAGCUGCAAAAGUUUAAAGAAGACGACCAAUACAAACGUUCUUUAAAUUUAGAACCAUCUUCACCAGUGCCAAGCUCGUCUUCUUCCAAAGAGUCUGUCAGUGACGCCAUGGCCCACCAAGGGCGUGGCUCCGCAGCCUCCCUCAACUUGUCUCCCUCGAGAGGAACAGGCUCCAUGAGACUUUCGUCUGCUCCGGUGAAAUUCGUGCCUGGACACAGAAAAUCAAGAAGUCUGGGAACGAAAUUUCGUAGUACAAGUCUGCCGCGCAAUUUUCAUAAGCAGGGCGGCCCCCAUCUUUGUUCUGCUCGCCCAAGUUUGGGCACAUGUGUAUUUAGGGCUUGCCACAUGGGCAACCCAGAAGACUGUGGCAUCGAUAACCCCAGGCACUCGACAGGAGACCGCCACUUGUUGGACGACUCGGUGAUUGAGGAGCAUCUGGAGUUGCGAGAGGACGAGUUGCAUCUUAAGGAUGAUCGAUUGGCAGAAGAUGAGGAUUGCGGUCUUUUACUAAAAAAUGGGUCCCCUCUUAGUGAGUUGGGGAUGUCCGUGGAUGACACAUUCCAGAUGCAAGGGUUGCUGCGACGAAAAACACUUUUGAAGGAGGGCAAGAAACCUGCCGUUUCCUCGUGGCAAAAGCACUGGAUGCAGCUGUGUGGCCAGUCAUUGGUUUAUUUUGCACCAAAGUCAUUCAAAGGAUUCAGCACAGAUCACCGUUCCGAUUACAAAAGAGACCCCUGCAAAUUGGUGUCCGUUCUCGGCUGGACAGUAACCAUUAGUGACAACACAGCACAGCCUGAUUUGCAGCUAACAGAUCCUCUUAGAGGAAACAUUUAUAAGCUCAGGGCGUCCUCGCGGAGCGAAGCUCUCAAGUGGUACAGCUCGCUUCAGAGUGCCAUCAGAGGAGGCAAAGAGAAGCCUCUGCCAGCUAAUCUCAUGUCAUUUGAAUGAAGACUGCAUUUUCAAGCAUACAUGCAACAAAAUAACAGAACUUUUAAUUAGCCCUUUGAGCUAUUACGGCUGUGUCUGUCCCUAGAACAUAUCUCUUUCGUUGGCUAGCAGCUCGUCAAUGUCUUGCCUUAAAUUCUACAGAAGAGACCCUAGAUCUGCUCAAGAGAUUUCUAUCAAGUAAAAUGCAUAAUAAUAAUAUGGAGAGGAUGUAUUGUCAUUCUUGGCUUUUUAAAUUUUUUUGUACCAAGAUUAAUUUACACAAAUAUGCCUAUGAAUUUUCAUCAUUUUUAAUUUUUAUGUGCAUAAACUUAAUUUAAUAUUCAUGUUCUCUUUGCGAGUGUAACAUGUAUUGUGAAACGAUUAUUUUCUUAUUAAAAAUGCCAAUUAAUUUACACUA